UGGGAAAGUUUUAGGCUGUUGCGAGCAGUUCGUGCUGGGGAGACGAUUUGGCAUUAGGAAGCGUGAAAGAAAAAGAGACAUUUAAUAGCCAUAGUACCCUUGAAUGAAACUCGCACCUCUUGAGGAAAUGCCUGCUGUCUGUGAGUCUUUGCUGGAUGACAUUGAAGAUAUGGUCUCCGCUACAGACCCAAAGCCUCAUGAUCGCCAGUCUGCUAGAAAAAACAUAGUACCCAGAGCACGGAAAAGAAAUAAAAACAACAUUCAAGAGGAAGAACCCCCUGCUGAUAGCACAAUACCAGGCACUCAGAAGAUCUGGAUCCGUACAUGGGGCUGCUCACAUAAUAACUCCGAUGGUGAAUAUAUGGCGGGGCAGCUGGCUGCAUAUGGCUACAGUAUAACCGAACAGCCUGAGAAAGCAGAUUUGUGGCUGCUAAACAGUUGCACUGUGAAGAGUCCAGCUGAGGACCACUUCAGGAACUCCAUUAAGAAAGCCCAAGAAGCAAAUAAAAAAGUUGUAGUGUCUGGAUGUGUUCCCCAAGCACAACCACGUCAAGACUACAUGAAGGGGCUGAGUAUCAUAGGGGUGCAGCAAAUAGACAGAGUGGUUGAAGUUGUAGAAGAAACAAUUAAAGGUCAUUCUGUGAGAUUGCUGGGUCAGAAAAAGGAUAAUGGAAAACGGUUGGGGGGAGCUCGAUUGGAUUUGCCAAAGAUCAGGAAGAACCCACUGAUAGAAAUCAUUUCCAUCAAUACAGGGUGUUUGAAUGCUUGUACAUACUGUAAAACCAAACAUGCAAGAGGAGAACUUGCCAGUUACCCAGUUGAAGAAUUGGUUGACAGAGCCGCGCAGUCUUUCCAAGAGGGUGUCUGCGAGAUCUGGCUGACCAGCGAAGACACUGGAGCUUAUGGCAGAGACAUUGGGACAGAUCUCCCAACGCUCUUAUGGAAGCUGGUUGAAGUUAUCCCUGAGGGCGCCAUGCUGAGGCUAGGCAUGACCAACCCCCCUUAUAUAUUAGAGCACCUGGAGGAAAUGGCAAAGAUCCUAAAUCAUCCGCGAGUGUAUGCAUUCUUACAUAUUCCUGUACAAUCUGCUUCAGACAGUGUGCUCAUGGACAUGAAGAGAGAAUACUGCAUCGCAGACUUCAAACGAGUGGUGGAUUUUCUUAAAGAAAGAGUGCCCGGAAUUACAAUUGCUACGGACAUCAUUUGUGGCUUUCCAGGAGAAACAGAUGAAGAUUUUAAGGAGACGUUAAAAUUGGUUGAGGAGUACAAAUUCCCCAGUCUCUUCAUUAAUCAGUUUUACCCACGCCCUGGGACCCCAGCUGCUAAAAUGGAGCAAGUUCUAGCUCAUGUGAAAAAGCGGAGGACCAAGGAGCUGUCCCAACUCUUUCAUUCAUACGAUCCCUACGAUCACAAGAUUGGGCAGAAGCAACAAGUUUUGGUGACAGAAGAGUCCUUUGAUUCCCAGUAUUAUGUUGCUCACAAUCGUUUCUACGAACAGGUUCUUGUACCUAAGGAUCCUGAUUUCAUGGGGAAAAUGGUUGAAGUGAAGAUUUUUGAAGCAGGGAAACAUUUUAUGAAGGGACAGCCAGUUCAAGAUUCUUACAUCUAUACUCCAUCCAUCACUAAGCCUCUCGCAAAAGGAGAAGUUUCUGGAUUAACCGAGGAGUUGAAGCCACCAAACAACAUUCCCAAAUCCGAGACCCUUCUGGAGAAACACUGGGAGCGACUGCAAGUCUUCCUUUUCCUCACUGCUCUGCUGGCUGCUGUCAUUGCUUUUGUUGGAACUAAAUUAGUUUAAAAAGCAAAUUGUUUGGGGAGCAGUUUACAAUUGGAAUUUCUUACCAUCAUUUAAUUGGCUUUUAAGUCUCUCUAUUUUUAUAUCAGAACAUAUAUCCCAAACUUCAAAAGAUUUUUUUUUUCUAAAGCAAAUAUUCUUCAGUUCCUGUCUAGGAGUAUGUAAUGCAGUUAUUUGUGAACACCUACGCGGCGGUUGUGUUGCUAGACUCUCCACUUUCCCAGCCUCCUUUUUAGGAAUUUCAUACUGAGAUCUUCAGCCUUAGUUCUGUGAUACUUGUAAAUACAAGCGUCGGUGCCAGAUGCAGUGACCUGGCUUCAUCCUGAUGAAAGAAACACAGGGGGAAAGGUCAAGUCUAUUAAUAGUAUGCUUCCAAUGAAAAUGCAAAAAGUAUUUUGCUUCUUUUUUUAAUUUAUAUCAAUGUGAUUGUGCAGAUGAGCAGUCCUACUGUCAAAUUCUUUCCAGCCAAGUGAGAAAUGAAGGCAAAUAUUUCUAUUCAAAAGCAGAAAAGUCAAAUACUGAUUUAAUUUAUUCUCAUCGAAAUGUGUCGCUCCUCACUGUGUCUGACUGCUUCACAUACAGGUCAAUUUGAUUGGAUAAUUGUGCGCCGUUUCGUUUUAGGUAGGGAGCAGUGAUGUGCACUCUUAUUUCCUGCAGAUAAUUAAAGUCUGCCGACCGCAACCAGUAAUUGUGCAUGUGUGUGUGUUUGAAAAUGCAUUAAGUUAUUCCGAAACAUUUUUCUCAUUUUUUGCUUUACCGGGAUUAUUUGUUUUUAUUGAGAUGAGAGCAAGAUGCUUUAUUAAACAUUAUCUACACUGAGA